UGUUUGACGUUUUGAUUCAUGCUUAUUAUUUUUAAAAAUGCGUUAUUAAUUUUUUGAUUUACGCUUAUUAUUUUUCUAUCCGUGACCAUUGUUUGCUAUUCUGAAAAAUUUUGCUUUCGUUUUUAAAUCUUGUACAAUAUAUUUUUACUUGCGUUUUUAAAUUUUGUUUUCACUCUUGUUAUUUUUUUAUCCGUGACUGCAAUACUUUAGGCGGGAAUCUGAUCCCAUAGGCAGAGUUCUCGGCGUGAAAGACCCGCGAUGUGCUGCUUUAUUUCUCUCCAGUAGGGUAGGAAAUCAAAUUAAACGAAAUGUGGAUGAUGUUAACUGUGAUAAGAUGAUUAACAGGGCAGUUUAAACAGUGACAGGAUGCACGUAACUAAGCAACAGAAUGUCCGUUAAAGAGGCAGCUAUGAUGAAGUAGUAUGUCCCAAAGCCUGCCUACUAUUCUGCUACAUACUCAAAAGUAUGUACUUUUUCUUCACAAAAAGAGUACAUACUUUUAGGGCAUAGUAUAAGUAGGCGAAUUGGGACUCAGCAUCUAGUGUUUGUUUCCUUUUUCAGACCUUUCAGUUUUUUUUUUUUUUUUUUUAAUCUUAGACAGUUCGUUGCCACAUUGUUUUGUUGUCGUAGCUAAUCUGUUGAUGCCAAUUACGGAAAUAACAUUAAAAUAGUUUAUUUUAAUAUGUAGCAAUACUUAGCCAAACCAUAACCCCUUAACUGAACGAAAUACAUAUAUUAUUGUUACCUUCUAACAAAUAUAGAUCUGUUUUAAAAAUAUUAAUAUUAAAAUAACAAAACUGCCUUAACCCCAAGAAAAGUUAAGUACACUAGUAGAAAUUCGAAUGGGAAAAUGUAUUCACAACAUGUGGCAAUGCCAUUUUACAUUAGCUAUAUAUUAGGCAGUUUUUGCUGUGAUAGUGGGGCCCAUUGGUUGUAGGCAUAAGCAUGAGUGUUUUUUAGUAUAGAAUCCAGAAAGACACACUCUCCAGAAAUAUGAAGGAGUCUAAUAGCAUCAGCGCCCUUCCAGUUAAGUUAUGUGUACCAACACUUAUACAAUUAGAAAAGACAUUGCAUACAUUUUUGUAUCAGCAGGGCAUAUGGGGAGUGAAUACAAAUGAACUUUGCACAAAAUGGUUUUAGGUUAAAGGGAUAAUACACUUAAAAUGGCAGCCUUCUCAUUGUUUACUCACAUUCAAGUCAUUACAAAGCUGUAUGAUGCACUUCUCUGGAAAACAAAAUAAUAUAUUUUGUCCAUUCAAUGAAAGUCAGUGGUGUCCAAUGCUGUUUUGGACCCCACUGACUUCCAGUGUAUGGAUGGGAAAAAAAAGAAAAAAAGAAAGAAAGACAGAAAACAGUGUGACAUUUUUUCAAAAUAUUUUCGUCCAGCAUUUUCAUGCUUCAAGUUAACAUGAAAUGCAACCUGUUUUUUUCUUAUUAAAAUUAUAGGGAGAGAGUUUGUGUGUGUGUGUGUGUGUGUUCUUGGGAGUUGUGACAGAUGGGUGUUAAAAACCAGAGCCAGUUGGGAGGGGAGAGGUUAAACACUAUAAUCAUGUGCCCCUUUACAUCCCAUUUAUCAUAAUAGCAAGGCAGAAGAAGUUGUUGAAUUUUGAUUUUAGAUUACACUGAUAAAUGUAUUUGCAACAAGACCAGGAACUUGAAUUAAAUCAGUGUCAUAUUCAUGUUGACUUUAAUUUUUAGCAUUCAGAGUUGUCUUACCCAAAUGAGACUAGAUACCACAUUUCAUAACAAAUCAUGUCUUUCUUUCUCAGGAAUUUGCCAUCAUGACAGAGGGAGCCACAGCAAAGUAGGUUUCAGUGGACAGAUGGAAGACAGCCAUCAUCUGCACCGUUGUGGGAAUGUGUCUUACAAUUUCUCAGGAAGUUCCUGCUGUAAUGAUAGUAUAACUCUAGGAUUAAGCCAGCUGGUGGCUGACUGCUGUGGUUCUGUAGCUUACAAUCCCCUUAAUGAGAUUUGCUGUAAUGGCAGUAUUCAGACUCAAAGCAGCACUCACGCGCUCUGCUGUGGCAAAGACAUGUACUUGACCACAUCUCAUUUGUGUUGUGGUGAAAACAACAUAUUUCAGCGGAAGGAAAACCAUUCUUGUUGUGGCAACAAAACGUAUGACAUGACAACCCACUGCUGCUGUAUUAACACUACUACGCUAGAAGUAAAGCCUAAAAAUGAAAUUUGCUGUUCAGAAGCAACAGGUUAUAAUCUGAAUCCUGUUCUCACAGAUAAAAAAAAAGAAUGCCAGCAAGGCUCUCCUCCCACUUGCACAUUCCCCAAAAACUCAGAACUGAAGUGUGGAUCAAAACCCUUCAAUCCCCAGAAAGAAAUUUGUUGCUCAGGGAAUCUGUAUAAGAAGGCAUCAGCACUUACCAAGUGCUGUGGCGUAGAUGUAUACACUCUGUCAGAUGACAAUGUGCUGUGCUGUAAUGGAACCCUUCAUCUCAAUGUGCCUGAGCAAUCAGAGUGUGUUGGAGGUGUUAUAUAUACUUCAGCAAACACUACUUGCCAAAUGUCGACCCGUCCUCGCCAUGGCGAGCACUGCUGUGGAGGACAAACCUUCAAUCCUCACACACAUGUUUGCUGUAACGGACACAGCCACAACAAGAAGAAUGGCAAUUUCUGUUGUGGUUCAGAAGUCUAUGACCACCACAACCAGUUCUUGAGAUGCUGCUCAGGUCAUCUCUACAACCUAACCCAUUUACGUGGGAAAGCAGAGUGCUGUGGAAGCCUAUUGCUGCAAUAUGAUAAUCAAACUUGCUGUUCCUCCUCAACCACUUCCGUACUGUAUGACACCAAACAAAACCACAGUUGCUGUGGGCAUUACUACUACAAAACAUCCCUGUGGAGCUGCUGUGCUGAACGUCUCAAACCAACACCAAAGCCUAACAGCUCUCCUGCAGAAUACAGACUUAAACCACUAACAGACCUGAUCCCUGAAAUGUGCAAUAAAAAAGUGUUCUUUGGCAAAGUGGAGAGUGUGGCACUUGAAAAUGAUCAGCGUCGCGUUGUGUUGAAAGUUGUUGGGCAGGUCGAUGUAAAAUCAGAAAAGGUCAUCAAAGACCCUUGGCUUCAUUUGUCCCUGGAUCACUGCAGCUUUCCUGCCACAGACAACGGCAUGACCUACCUUUGGGAGGAAAAACACAAUGGAAAGUACAAGCUUCUCUCUCACCCUGUUGACCUAACAUCUGACAUUCACAUGUUCUAUUUUGUAUGUUACCAAAAGAAGGGAUAGACACAUGGAUCGAGGUCUAUUUCCCAUCAUUUCCAAAAGCAUGCUGAUUGUCAUAAGAUUUCUGUCCUGAAGAGAAUUUUUAUCCUAAUACUAUUUUAUCAUUAAUGCUAAAUGACUCUAGAGGAUGGGUGCAAUUUUUUUUUGAAUGCUAAGAAACUUUAUUCCCUUAAGGCAAGUUUCCGAAGUUUCUACCGUGUGUUAAUUUCAUUUGAACAUAAUAAUGGAUUGACCCUGUAUGGAGUGUGCAAAAGGGAUAGUUCUCCCAAAAAUGAGAAUUUGCUGCAAAUUUACUCGCCUUUAGUCGGAAGUGAGUUUUUAUUUAGUAACUUGUAGAUCUGUGCUGCUCGACUUGCCAACUGUUUCAGAUGAUUCGUUCCAAUUUGGUGAACUGGUUCAACUACCAAAAAGAAAUAGUAAAAAAAAAAAUAAUAAUAAUAAAAUAAAUCUUCUUUACUGGAAAUCUUCUUUACUGUUCUACUGAAGAGUAAAAGUCACCUACAUUUGAGAGUGAGUGAGUAAAUUAACAGCAAAUUUACAUUUUUGGCUGAACUAUUCCAUUAAGCUAUUUGGCUAAAAGCGUCUGCCAAAUGAAUAAAUGUAAUCAAUGAAUACAUUUAAUCAGUUUUAGUUUUUAGGUUUGAAUAGCUAAUAUGAAAAUGUGAAAAUUUCAAUCAAAUAGAAAUCUUUUUAUUUUUUAUUAUUCACAUUGAGUUCUCUUUUAACCUUUUAAGCUUUUUAAAUUGGUGUGGACAUUUCUGUGGGAAAUUUCAGCACUAAUUCUUCACUGUGUGUCUUUAGUAAAUCUGACAGUACUAUUUUAAUGCCAAAAAACAGUUUGCAUUGGCACAAGCUGUUAGUAAAACUGGGACGUAAUUUUAUAUAUUUUAAAUUGCACUGCAUGACCUAAUUAGCAUUUUUUAAAUCGUACUGUAUUGUGAUAUUUUCUUAAUCUCAGGUGUAUUUAAAUUUUUGUUCCACGUUUUAAUAAUUUGACAGGAAUCAGGGGACUUUAUAUGCUAUAGCUCAAAGGUGCUUUUAACAUUUAAUAGUAAUUGUUUGUUCAAAAGCAAUUAAUUACUUUUUUUCCUAAUUCUUGAGAAGACAAGGUUAAUUCCCACACACACACACACUCUGUGAUAACUCUGUUUUUAACAAUUUUCAGAAAUCAUGUUUUUUCAUUGUGCAUUCCAAUUAAUCUCAAUCAAACUGCAGCUGGGUUAUUUUGAUUAUGUUUAAAAAAAAAAAAAAAAUACAGCUAACUAACACAAAACACAAUAAAAACAUGAUAGCAUAAUAAAAAAAACAUGAUUUUUGAAAAUUAAAAAAAACAGUAGUCAGUAUGUAUUUUUAUUAGUAUUAUUUUUUAUUUCUUUUCAUGAAUUACACAUUUAUAGGUUUGUUACUACUUGCCAAACGGUGAUUUUAGUUUAUUUACAUUUUUAAGCAUUAUUUUAUACAUUUGCACUAAAAUUUGUUCUAAAUAUAUGAUGGAAUUUACAGACAAACACAUAAUACUGUGUAAAGAUGACAUUUCCUUCAUCUGUAUAUCUAAUCUGUCUAUCUAUCUAAUACAUGCAGUGACUUCAGAGCCACUCCAAACACUUCUGGUUCUGAUUUCCAUGUCUUAACUAUAUACACUUCAACCUUUCAUUCAGAAACAACUGUUGUGUGAAGAAAGUAAACUCACUCAAUUUGUAUCAUGGUAUUGCAGAUAUGGAACUUAAAAAUAUAUGUAUUACCAUUUGUGAUUGUAUAUGAAAUAUAUUGUCUCUAAAUAAAAUCUCCAGUAGCAAAAUGGCUAUUUUGUCAGGAUUUUAAAAUAAAGCGAGUUACAAAUUACAUUCAGAAUAAUUUAAUAUCACUCACAAUAUUUUGUGUGUGAAAAGGGGUUAAAUUUACUCCAUAACAGGAACCUCUGUUAUGGAGUAAAUGUAGUAAACUGAGUAGUCUUUUGCUGUUUGCCGCUUGAAUGGUUUAAAA